UGCCUUGAUCACACGUACCGAGUAAACGGGCGAGACAGUAAAAUGUUCCUCGGCCGAGACAGUGAUGUAAGCGAGUAACUGUUCAGACAUGUUUUCAAAUUAGGACAGUCAGUUCAGUUCUAUUGAGAGAUUCGGGCACGAUGGACCGUAAAAAGUUAAUUAGAAAAUAUACAAAGUUACUCAUUCCACUAUUAAUGGAAGAAUUAAAGGAAUUGUUGGAAAACGAGCAGCGCCGGAUUUGGACUAGACCAUGGAUGUUGAGAAGAUCUGAUUUUGGCGCUACGAACACUGUUUUUAAAGAAUUAAGGGUAGAAGAUCCUACUGAAUUUAGAAUGCUUCUGAGAAUGGAUGUAGAACAUUUUGACACAUUGUUAGAAAAUAUUACUCCAUUGAUACAAAAGCAAGAUACUGUCAUGAGAGAAGCUAUACAUGCAAAGACGAAACUACAAGUAGCGUUAUGCUAUUUGGUGACUGGGAUGAGCUACCGUUAUUUGCAGGCUUUUUACAGAGUGUCUCGGGCUGCAAUAUCAUCGUUCAUACCGGAAGUCAUAGAUGCAAUAUUUACUUAUUUGGAGAAUUAUUUAAAGGUACCGCAGACCAAUGAAGAAUGGAAAGAAAUAGAAACAGGUUUCAGAACUAGGUGGAAUUUCCCUGGUUGCCAUGGCGCUAUAGACGGGAAGCAUGUGAUAAUUCUAGCACCACCGAAUUGUGGAAGUGAAUAUUUUAAUUACAAGGGUACCAACAGUGUGGUUUUGAUGGCUGUGGUUGAUCAUGACUAUUGUUUUCGCUAUGUAAAUAUUGGAGCAAACGGAAGAAACUCGGAUGGGGGGAUUUUUAAAAACAGCCAAUUACGUAGUGAUCUUGAGAAUAAUUUGCUACCGAAAGGAGGAUUUUUGGUUGGAGAUGAUGCGUUUUCACUAAAAACAUAUUUAUUAAAACCAUAUAGUGGCACAAAUCUUUCAACAAAACAAAAAAUAUUUAACUACAGACUCUCUAGAGCACGAAGAAUUGUCGAAAAUGCGUUUGGCAUUCUGGCAAGCAGGUUUCGAAUUUUUCAAAAGCCCAUACCAACUAGUGACGUAACCACCGAUAAAAUUAUUCUCGCCUCUUGUGCUCUGCAUAAUUGGUUACGUCUCACAAGUCCCGGUAUUUACUUUCCAAAGGGUUGUGUUGAUCAAGAAGAUAUAGAUUCGGGAUCCGUUAUUGUGGGGACUUGGAGACAAGAACUACAAGCUAAUUUGCCAAGUAUCACUAAUCAUAACACCAACAAUGCAGCACGUAUAGCAAGGGAGCUUCGAGAUAAAUACGCAGAGUUCUUCAGUGGGGCAGGUGCCGUUUCGUGGCAAAACAGAAUGAUUUCAUAAUUUUAAGCAAUUUAAUUUCAGAAAUACCUACAUUAUACUUAGCAUAAAAAGUAACAUAAUAAAAAGCACUUACGUUUUCAUAAA